GUCUCAGCAUGGUUCUUCACCACCUUCAGUGUGUCCGGUUUGAAGGAGAAGGUCCGUUAUCUUGACAGCCUGCAGCAGCUCUUCACCUGCAUCAAACCUGAGCAGAUUGACAUUCCUCCGUUUGUCCUGGAGUACGACGCACGAAUGAAUGGACCCUACAAUCCAUCUGAGGCCUCCAACCUGUGACAGGACCCCACCUGGAUGAUAAAGUGAAGCAGCUCAUUGACAUAUUCAGAUGUGGUCAGUAAGUCCUGGCUCUUUUUAAGGCUCUGAACCACAGCAGUUAAACCACUGUCAUCGUGUUCCUGCCAAAAUUACCAGAAGGAAGCAUUGCAGGACAUAGUUCUGAUCGGGGAGUCUAACUCUUUGUGGACCCGGUAUAAUUCCUGGAUUGUGCCUCUGACACGGAGAGUUCUUGCUGAGCUUUUUUUUUUUUUUAAGAUUCCUCCACAUGAAGGUUGAAGUCACAUCUUGUGGGAUACUUGAAACCUUUCCACCAUGUGGUCAACUUGCUCACUAUCUUUGAAAGACGCUGGAGACAAUAGACACCAAAAAAUAUUUUAGGACCACAUCUUUAAACAUUGUUAGUUAAUGUGAAUUAAAUGCCUUGAACUUGUCUUUAAAUCAUCCUCAUCCCUCACUUGCUGGUGUACAUAAGGUCAAGCCAAGAGAAAGAAAUGUGGGCGUGGCUUCAAUAAAUGCUGAAAAUGAUCAUUUAUACACUUAAAGAAAGGUCGGUGACUGAGCAUAAUGUUAAGAUAAACCAGGGUGUCUGUAGCUUCAGCUUGCAUCACUUUUCUCAUGUAAUAUUUUACAAACCGUAAUUCCCCCGGAAAUAUCAAUACAUUUCUGUCCACUUUGAAAAAUGGAUACAGUGACGUUUUCAAAGAAUCACUGGAGUGUCUCUGAUUAGUCUGAUAAAACAACUUAGCAUCAAAAACGUAUUCUCUUGCCUUUAUGUUGGGUCUUUGACUACCUCUACUGAGCUCUUUUAACUCAAACAAAAUACUGAUCAGAAAAGAUUUAUUUAAUCAAAUAUUUUUCCGUUGUACACCACAAAGAUUUUUCACUGUGUAGCUUUAGUUAUUUAUCAUUUCAUUGGAUGCUAAAAAGGUAAAAAGAGAUUUUCUUAUUAAAAAACAUUUCUUUAAAACUUGAGACUCAAAUAUCCUGAACAUAUUAGUCCAUUGAAGCCUCUGUAAGCAAGGGAGGGUGAAAAAGCUAAAAUAAAUACAAAGCGGAUAGAACUGACAUUAAAAUAAUGCACGAUUUUCACCAAACUGUUAAGGAUGAAAUCGAUUGCUUCACAAAAACCAUUAAGACAUAUUCUGGUGGAUUAGUGAAAAGGUAAACAAUUGUCCAACCUGUUGUAAAUAGCUUUUUGAAUCCCUUCAUUUUGGAGAAACUCAGUUUAACUGUGACAAAACUGAUGAGCUAAUGACAAGUCAGAGAGCCCAAAACGAAAGAGAAUCUCUGCCACCUGAAAAUAGCUCCAAACUCCACAAUUUCAGAAUGAUAUACAAACGCUCUCAUUUAAUUUUUUUCUUUGCCAUCAACGAAGAAAUUAUCCUAGUAGAAAUCUCACUUCCUGGCUGCACCAGAAGUGCUACAGCUAGCAGCUGUCGCUAUGUGCGCUUGAAUUUCACCACAGAACUCUGUAAAUAAAUUGUAAUGCAAAAUUGAUGGCAGUGUAAAAGUUUGUAAAAUGGUGUUUGCAUGAAAUUUUCUGAGAUUGGACCACGUUAUGAUGACUGCAGUCAACUUGGGUCUUGGUCCUGUUUUAGCUAGUCAUUAUCUGAUCAGUUCUGUCAGAAAUAAAUGAGGUCAUUCAGAGAGCCACAAGUAAGAUAUUGACUGUUCAUAAAAUUUACACAGACCCUUUUAAAAAUAGCUGCACUAUCUUCAGACAGUUUUGGUGAUUGUGAGCACACACCUCCGUACCAACUAAAGUUUGCUUCUUUGGUUCGAAACAUUUUGCACUUUUUUUACAUUGAAUUUUUUUCUUUGCAUCAUUAUGUCCUUGUGGUCUGAGUAAAAAAAUCUUUCCUGUUUGUCUUAAAGCUAUUGUCUCUUGCGUUUUUUUUUUUGUUUGUUUUUGUUUGUUUUUUUGUGUGUGUGUGUGUGUGUGUGUUUUUUUCAGCAUUACUUUUUGUUUGUUGCUCAGUUUACUGCUGUUAUUGGCACUACUUGUGAUUUUCCAAAAAAUGUUGGAUUUUAAUUGAGUUUCAACAUGAAAAUAAAGCAGUUGUUCUCAGUAUCUAUAAUCACAAGCUCACCUAUUUCCAGUAACACUAUAAAAAAAUAAAUAUAGUCUGUCCCACUGACACCUUUCCCUGGGGGUGAUUUUACCUGGAUCCAGUCCUUUUUUCACCCAUCAUGUUCAGAAAUGUCACGAGACACAGACGGAGUCGAUGGUACGGUUUACCCACAAACUGAGUUUCAUUUCUUUGACUUUAAAAUGAAGUCCUACAAACAUCCCAUUAAAAAAUGAAAAAAAGUAAGUUGAUAUAAAUUAUUUAUUAGCUAAAUACUUUUGUAAAUGUGAAUAUCCACAGAUUAUUAGAAGCAGUCAAAUCCUCGGCUGGGUGUUUUCACCAACAUUAAAGGUUAUAAAUGACCUCAGAUGUUUAAGGUGUUUCUCUAAUGAAAUAGGUCAAUGGUGAAAUGCUGUGUUAAGACUAUUUCAGAAAGUCUGAGCCAAGUGUUGACCUCAUGGAAAUGCGUUUCUGUAUUAUUUUAAAGGUAUAAAUGCAAUUUGUCGACAAUGUCUGGGACUUAAAGAAAAUUGUCUUUGCUUUGUUUUUUUGUUUCCUAAAUUUUUUUUACACUUUGAUUAAAAUGUUUUUCUCUGGUGGA